AUGGCGUCCACUAACCUUCCGCCGAUCAUGCUAGACCACCUCUACUCCAUGGAUGACGAUCUUAAAACAGAAGGGCCGCUCCUGCUGCUUAAAGAUGCCCGUAAAAAUCCCGUUGUUGGUGAUGAGCCAUCCCCUGAGACUGCUCCUGUAAUUAAUCCUGCCUCCAUAUCCAGAUGCUGCAUUGAAAAGGGCCUCUUUCCAGCCGUUCCCCUAUUCUUCCAGUAUCCUUGCAGUAUCAGUAAAGGUUGGUCAGAAUGGGUCGAUCGUGAACUGCGGGAUCCAUCCACAUGCAACAUCCUGCGCAGAGCACAAGUCCUUGAUGCCAUCUUCCUUUCCAAAUUGUGGGACAUCCAUAUCGAAGCGAAGAUGCUUCGUCACGUGGUCCGGAGGUGGAGCACCGCUACUCACACCUUUGUGUGCUCAUGGGGGGAAUUUACCCCUACCCUUGAAGAUGUGGCGAAUAUCUCUCGCCUUCCUGUCUGUGGCGACCGUAGUCCUUUCGGCAUCGCCCUCACUCCAGAGGAAAUAGAUAGCCUUGCAGUCUUGCGAAGAGGCGCUCCCACCUCUCCCAGCACUUCACUCCGGUUUAACAACUGGAUACAAUAUUUUGGGGACGCAAACAGACAGAGUCCCUGCCGGUUGGCUGCCUUUAUAGCUCUGUGGCUUGGGCGGUUCGUGCUCUGUGACUUUUCUCAGGAUUGCCUUCAUGAGCGUGUAUUUCCCUUUGGCUUUGGCCAUAGCCCGAGGCGAUACGAUCCCCUUAGCCCCCAUGUUCCUGGGACAUCUAUACCAUCUUCUUAA